GUUUAUGUAUAUUAAGUUUGCAAUAAUCUUUAUUCUGAUUUUCACAUCCUUCACUUAAACAACUGGACAGGAUUGCACUGAGUUAAGUUGCAUAGCUACUGGUGCCCUCAAACAACAGUACACAACAAGAGUGCCUUAAAAGUGUAUGGAAGGUAUACUAGAGGAUAAUGAAUUAAAUUAGGGUAUUUUUGGGGAGGACAAUCUUGCUAACCUUGUAAACCUAUUUAGGGUGGACAUUAUGCUUGCACGUCUUAUUGGGGAACUGGUACAUUAUAUUGUUUAUCUGGAUGGACAAUUCUAAAUGGGUAUAUAAUAUAAAAUACGUACAUAGGGUUUGUGUGAAUUUGCCCAAUGGAUGCUUAACCUACUAGUUAAAUCAGGAUUAGAAUGCUUAUGUUUGUGGUUCUUGCGAUACUGGAUUCACUCUGAUAGCAGGAGUGUGUGUAUAAAAUUAAGAAUGUGUCACUUACAGCAGUACUAGAUAUGUUUGUACUUAAUGCCAAUAGGGAUACUAUUUAAAUUGGGAUUAUAUACCUGAUGUCUCCUCUGCUAGUGACAACUAUUAUAAUUAUUUUGGCAGCUUUUGUAAUCCUUGCAGUAUUCCAAGUUGUGCAAAUUGUCCCUCAGCGUAAUCAUAUGCUUUAAACUUAGUAAUACUUGUACUUAAUGCAAACCUGGAUUCUUUUGGUCAUUUAGUGGCUUAACAUCCACUUCAGUAACAUCAGGAUCUGGAACAUGUGAAAAAUGUCUUGAUAAUUGUAUAAAUUGCACAAACAAUUCAAAUUGCACACAAUGUUCUGAUGGUUAUUAUGCAAAUACAGUUAAUGGUAUAACAACAUGCUCUUCAUGCUAACCUUCAACAACUUGUGUGAAAUGCAGCAAUUCAACAACAUGUACUUAAUGUCUAAGUGGUUAUUAAUUAUUAAACCCAACUUCCUGUGAGAAAUUGUAUGAUGGCUGCACUUAAAUGGAUACGAAUAAGAAUUGCACAUCUUGUUAAAGCAAUUAUAUAUUGAAUGCAUAAUCACCAAAAACUUGCACACCUUGUGGUACAGGAUGCGCAACUUGCUAAUUAAAUAAUAAUAUAGCCACUUGCACUGCAUGCCAAGAAUUUUACUAUGCAACCAAAGAUUCCAAUGGAAUAGUCACUUGUGCUGAAUGCAAAUCCUAUCCACAAUCAACUGGCUGGCUGAGAUGUGGAGGUCCAAAUGAUAAUCCAUCAUACACAACGGUUUAAGCAACCCAAUGUAUUGAUGGCUAUUUCUUGGUUAAUAUCACAACCAAUAAUAUCACCACACCCACUUGUAUUGCAGCCAUUCCUUCAUCAGCUUGCCUGACACUAACCACUACAUCCACUAACACAAAUAAUGUCUGUGCUACAUGUGUACCUAAUUACAGUCCCUAUAUUGAUGGAACAUGUUUAUCUUGUCCUCCUCAAUAAGGAGCCAAAACACAACUCUCCAGUCAAUGUAAUAAAUGCAGUGGAUCAUCCACAACCAAUAUCUCUUGUGCUGGAUGUAGUCAAAGAUAUUUCCUUUAAUCUGCAAAUUCAGCAGUGUCAGCCACAUGUGCCACUUGUUCAGCUAGUGGUGGGUGUCUUGAGUGUUAAUCCAAUCUUAAUUGUACUAAAUGCGAUGUUGGCUACUAUAAGACUGGGGAUUCUAACAAUUCUGUUUGUCAACCUUGCCUCAAAAAUUGUGCUGUUUGCACUGAUUCAAUUGUAUUCUUAAAUCAUAUUGUAGAAAUGCACAACUUGUAUGGAUGGCUACUUUGCUUACACUGGUUCAUAAACAGCUUAAUCUGCUUGUGUGGCUUGUUAGUUUGGAUGUGCUACCUGUAAUAACCCUGGAAAUUCAUGUUAAUCCUGCAUUGAUGGAUAUGUUCUCUAGAGCGGUGGCUGUGUUCCUUUGAAUUAAGCCAAUUGUGCCGUCAAACUCAACUCUACAACAACAACAACUAUUCAAACCUAUAAUUCAAAUGGCUGUAGCAUAUGUAAAUAUGGAUUUCAUAUGAUAUCCAAUCGUUGCUUUUAAUCAGUUCAACCUUAUGCAGGAGUAUUUAAUAUCUUAUCUUUAGUUUGCUUAUAAGCAAUUAAGCGAAUAAACAGUCAUUAAUGACACUCCACAAUUUGGAUUUAUUUUGACAUCGAUAUUCAUAAUGUUACAAUUCAUUAUUUGAAAAGGGA